CCCGUGUGGCCCAGCGCGCGGCGGCGGCGCGCAAGAUGGCGGCGGGCCCGGGCACCGCCCCUUCCGCCCCGCCGGGCGUCGCACGAGGCCGGCUCGAAGGGGAAGUGAGUCAGUGUCCGCGGACCCGGCCGGCCCAGGCCCGCGCCCGCCGCGGCCCUCAGAGGCCCCGACAGGUCCCGGCCCGGCGGCGGCGGCGGCCAUGGCCGGGGGGCCGGGCCCGGGGGAGCCCGCGGCCCCCGGCGCCCAGCACUUCUUGUACGAGGUGCCGCCCUGGGUCAUGUGCCGCUUCUACAAAGUGAUGGACGCCCUGGAGCCCGCCGACUGGUGCCAGUUCGCCGCCCUGAUCGUGCGCGACCAGACCGAGCUGCGGCUGUGCGAGCGCUCCGGGCAGCGCACGGCCAGCGUCCUGUGGCCCUGGAUCAACCGCAACGCCCGUGUGGCCGACCUCGUGCACAUCCUCACGCACCUGCAGCUGCUCCGUGCGCGGGACAUCAUCACAGCCUGGCACCCUCCCGCCCCGCUUCCGUCCCCAAGCACCACUGCCCCGAGGCCCAGCAGCAUCCCUGCACCCGCCGAGGCCGAGGCCGAGGCCUGGAGCCCCCGGAAGUUGCCAUCCUCAGCCGCCACCCUCCUCUCCCCAGCUUUUCCAGGCUACCAGACCCAUUCAGGGCCUGAGCUCGGCCUGGUCCCAAGUCCUGCUUCCCUGCGGCCUCCACCGCCAUCUCCAGCCCCUUCCUCUACCAAGCCAGGCCCAGAGAGCUCAGUGUCCCUCCUGCAGGGAGCCCACCCCUCUCCAUUUUGCUGGCCCCUCUGUGAGAUUUCCCAGGGCACCCACAACUUCUCAGAGGAGCUCAAGAUCGGGGAGGGUGGCUUUGGGUGCGUGUACCGGGCGGUGAUGAGGAACACGGUGUAUGCUGUGAAGAGGCUGAAGGAGGACGCUGACCUGGAGUGGACUGCAGUGAAGCAGAGCUUCCUGACCGAGGUGGAGCAGCUGUCCAGGUUUCGUCACCCAAACAUUGUGGACUUUGCUGGCUACUGCGCUCAGAACGGCUUCUACUGCCUCGUGUACGGCUUCCUGCCCAACGGCUCCCUGGAGGACCGUCUCCACUGCCAGACCCAGGCCUGCCCACCUCUCUCCUGGCCUCAGCGACUGGACAUCCUUCUGGGUACAGCCCGGGCAAUUCAGUUUCUACAUCAGGACAGCCCCAGCCUCAUCCAUGGAGACAUCAAGAGUUCCAACGUCCUUCUGGAUGAGAGGCUGACACCCAAGCUGGGAGACUUUGGCCUGGCCCGGUUCAGCCGCUUUGCCGGGUCCAGCCCCAGCCAGAGCAGCAUGGUGGCUCGGACACAGACAGUGCGGGGCACCCUGGCCUACCUGCCCGAGGAGUACAUCAAGACGGGAAGGCUGGCUGUGGACACGGACACCUUCAGCUUUGGGGUGGUAGUGCUAGAGACGCUGGCUGGUCAGAGGGCUGUGAAGACGCAUGGUGCCAGGACCAAGUAUCUGAAAGACCUGGUGGAAGAGGAGGCUGAGGAGGCUGGAGUGGCUUUCAGAAGUACCCAGAGCACACUGCAAGCAGGUCUGGCUGCAGAUGCCUGGGCUGCUCCCAUUGCCAUGCAGAUCUACAAGAAGCACCUGGACCCCAGGCCCGGGCCCUGCCCACCUGAGCUGGGCCUGGGCCUGGGCCGGCUGGCCUGCUGCUGCCUGCACCGCCGGGCCAAAAGGAGGCCUCCUAUGACCCAGGUGUAUGAGAGGCUAGAGAAGCUGCAAGCAGUGGUGGCGGGGGUGCCCGGGCAUUCGGAGGCCGCCAGCUGCAUCCCCCCUUCCCCGCAGGAGAACUCCUACGUGUCCAGCACUGGCGGUGCCCACAGUGGGGCUGCCCCAUGGCAGCCCCUGGCAGUGCCAUCAGGAGCCAGUGCCCAGGCGGCAGAGCAGCUCCAGAGAGGCCCCAACCAGCCUGUGGAGAGUGACGAGAGCCUAGGUGGCCUCUCUGCUGCCCUGCACUCCUGGCACUUGACUCCAAGCUGCCCUCUGGACCCAGGACCCCUCAGGGAGGCCGGCUGUCCUCAGGGGGACACGGCGGGAGAAUCGAGCUGCGAGAGUGGCCCAGGAUUCCGGCCCACAGCCUUGGAAGGACUGGCCCCAGGCAGCUCUGCCUCGUCAUCAUCAGAGCCACCGCAGAUUACCAUCAACCCUGCCCGACAGAAGAUGGUCCAGAAGCUGGCCCUGUACGAGGAUGGGGCCCUGGACAGCCUGCAGCUGCUGUCGUCCAGCUCCCUCCCAGGCUUGGGCCUGGAACAGGACAGGCAGGGGCCCGAAGAAAGUGAUGAAUUUCAGAGCUGAUUUGUUCACCUGGGCAGAUCCCCCAAAUCCGGAAGUCAAAGUUCUCAUGGUCAGAAGUUCUCAUGGUGCACGAGUCCUCAGCACUCUGCAGGCAGUGGGGGUGGGGGCCCAUGCCCGCAGGGGAGAGAAGGAGGUGGCCCUACUGUUCUAGGCUCUGUGGGCACAGGCAGGCAGAGUGGAACCCUGCCCCCAUGCCAGCAUCUGGGGGCAAGGAAGGCUGGCAUCAUCCAGUGAGGAGGCUGGCGCAUGUUGGGAGGCUGCUGGCUGCACAGACCCGUGAGGGGAGGAGAGGGGCUGCUGCGCAGGGGUGUGGAGUAGGGAGCUGGCUCCCCUGAGAGCCAGGCAGGGCGUCUGCAGCCCAGGCCUCUGGCAGCAGCUCUUUGCCCAUCUCUUUGGACAGUGGCCACCCUGCACAGUGGAGCCGAUGAGGCCUAGGGCCCUCCUACCUGCUUACAAUUUGGAAAAGUGUGACUGGGUGCGGUGGCUUCACGCCUGUAAUCCCAGCACUUUGGGAGGUCAAGGCAGGAGGAUCGCUGGAGCCCAGUAGGUCAAGACCAGCCAGGGCAACAUGAUGAGACCCUGUCUCUGCAAAAAAAUUUUUAAACAAUUAGCCUGACGUGGUAGCACACGCCUGUGGUCCCAGCUACUGGGGAGGCUGAAGUGGGAGGAUCAUUUAUGCUUGGGAGGUCGAGGCUGCAGUGAGUCAUGAUUGCAUCACUGCACUCCAGCCUGGGUGACAGAGCAAGACCCUGUUUCAAAAAGAAAAACCCUGGGAAAACUGAAGUAUGGCUAUAAGUCUCAUGGUUCAGUCCUAGCAAGAAGCGAGAAUUCUGAGAUCCUCCAGAAAGUUGAGCAGCACCCACCUCCAACCUCGGGCCAGUGUCUUCAGGCUUUACCAGGGACCUGUGAGCUGGCCUAGUGUGGUGGCCUGAAAGCCAGGCCAUCCCUGGGCGCCACAGACGAGCUCCAAGCCAGGUCAGGCUUCGGAGGCCACAAACUUAGCAUCAGGCCCAGGCACUGAUUAUGGCAGAGGGGCCACUACCCAAGGUCUAGCUAGGCCCAAGACCUCGUUACCCAGACAGUGAGAAGCCCUGGGAAGGCAGAAAAGUUGGGAGCAUGGCAGACAGGGAAGGGAAAUAUUUUCAGGGAGAAGACAUGUAUCACAUGUCUUCAGAAGCAAGUCAGGUUUCAUGUAACCGAGUGUCCUCUUGCGUGUCCAAAAGUAGCCCAGGGCUGUAGCACAGGCUUAGCAGUGAUUUUGUGUUCAGCCGCGAGUCACACUACAUGCCCCCAUGAAGCUGGGCGUUGGCGAAGUCCAGGUUGUCCUUGUGUAAUAAAAACGUCUGUUGCAA